CCCCAAACCGCCUUAUCUCCCCUCUAUAAAACCUCCCCCUCCGUCCCCCACUCCCCAGAUUUCUUUCACAGAUUCACGAAUUCCACCCGUUUCGAUUCGAUUCGAUUCGAUUCGAUGCUUGUGCCCUCCGCCCCGGGAGAGACUCGCCGGAAUUCGAUUGCUUCUUGCUGGUAGGGGGAGCCAUGGGAGAGCUGGCUUCCUCGCCGCCGCCCGCGGCGGUGCUGCCCGUCGUCUUCGUCGACGGCGACCAGACCGUCGACCUCGGCACCGUCACCGUCCAGCCCUCCCUCGGCGUCCGCAAGCUGCAGGCCGUCGUCGCCGACAGGGUGGGGCUCGCGCCGCAGCAGAUCCUGGCCUCGCUCGCGCGCCCCCGCCGCGCGCGCCGCGUGCCCCUCGAGGAGGGGACCGACCUCGCCGCCGCCGUCGCGCGCGAGGGCUCCGGCUGCUACGUCCUCGCCGCCCUCCGCCGCUCCCGCCGCGAGCGCCGCGGCGGCCGCUCCCGCCGCGAGAAGAAGGCGGCGGCCGCGGCCGCGGCGGCGGGGGCCGCGCCCGCUGCGCCGACGCAGGAGAGGACUAUCCUCAAGCGCCUCCCCGCGAUGGAUCUGGCCUCCCUGGCCUCGACCCCCUCGCCGGCGGCGGCGGCCAUGUUCGGCGUCUGGGACUACGAGGCGCAGCUCCAGGAGCUGCAGCGGCAGCGCGAGUGGUACCUCAUGCACACGGCGGCGGCGGAUCCGUACUUCCCGCUGGCGCCGGAGCGCGAGGACCCGCCCUUCUGGUCAGCGCAGCCGCUGCUGCGGCAGGGGACGCCCUCGUCGUGCCCCGAGUGCGAGGCGGCGGCGGCGAUGAUGCGGGAGCCGGGGUUCCACUGGUGCGUGCGCGACGCGGUCACCGUCGGAUUCCGCUCACUGGUGGGGCCAAUCGAGCGCCCGGCGAAGAAAUCCCCCUCGCCGUCGCCCUCGCCGCCUCCCCUGCCGCCGACCCCCGGCCGACUCCCGCCGUCGUUCGUCGGGAUGAUGCCCGUUUACUAGCCGUCGAUUCGAUUAGAAGAAAAAAGAAAUGUAAAAAAAAAAGAGGAGAAAAAACUGGAAUUGGGGAGGCUUGCGUGUGGAAUUGGUGCACCAGCGCAGAAGAGGAGUUUUUUUUUUUUUUUUUUUUGUUAUGGAGGAGGAAGCGGCCAAGUGCGAACGAGUCCAGAGGCGCUGGACACGUUGGAGCCUGCAACUAGCUUAGCUGUUACGAAGAAAUUUUCUUUUUUUUUUCUUGGGGUGGUUACUGCUUGCUGCUAGUGCUAUGUGACAGGUGGUAUGAGGUGGUACGAGCCUGACCAAUGUGGCUCGGUCGAAUCCAGAGAUUUGGACCAACAUCUCUGGAACCCUCUGUUUUUUCUUUUUUAGUUUUUCUGAGAGAGCGGGAGAGAGAGAGAGAGAUGCCUGCUGGAUGAUUGGCAUUUGUUCCUGGUAUAUCAAAGUGGUAUAUGCAGAACAACAUUUUAGUACCUACUUGAGUAUGUGCUGAA